GUCGAAAUCGAAUAUUGUCCAUGGACUAUCGAGGUUGUUUAUUUAUUUGAAACACUGUAAAAAGUAGUAAAUAGAGUAGCUCACAAAUUUUAAACAAUAUCUUUUUAAGUAAAAACAUUCCCGGUUUAUGUGAAUAGCAUUUAUUAUAACAUUCUAUGUCAAAAACAUUAGUUUUUAUUGUCAAAAAUGCAUGUGUUGUAAUAGUUAUGCUGAGCUUAUAAACAAAGAAGUUUUUAAGAAAAUGUUUAGUGGAAUUAAGUGUGUUCAUAAAUCUUAAUUACAUGAGACUAUAGAGCAGGUCUCGUGUGGGGUCCGGAACCUUUUGAUGAUAAAGAAACUGCUCAAUUUCUUAAAAAUGACGGGGGUGAGUAGGGACGCCCCCAUCGGUAUACAGUGCUUACAAAAAUUUAAUUUGUCGCUUUGUCCUCGGUGGCAAGUUAACAAGCUACGAUGUUACCAAGCCAGCGUCCUAAUCCUCACCUACUUCACGUACAUGACGUAUCACCUCACCCGGAAGCCCAUCUCCGUUCUCAAGAGUGUGCUGCAUCAGAACUGCAGUGCUCUGCCGCCGCCGGACUGGACUCCUACUAAUGACGAGUGGUGCAACUGGCCCCCCUUCAAUACGAGUGACGCUAACACCCUGCUAGGGGCUUUGGACUCAGCGUUCCUGUUCAGUUACGCCGGCGCCAUGUUCGUCUCCGGUAUGAUAGCAGAAAGGGUAGACCUGCGGUACUUCCUGUCGCUGGGGAUGCUGGUGUCAGCCUUCAUGUGCUACUUGUUCGGGCUAGCGAGGACGCUCAGCAUCCACCAUAUCUCCUACUAUCUCCUAGUGCAGGCAGGGGCUGGUAUAGCGCAGACGACCGGCUGGCCGGGUACCGUGUCUGUCGUGGGCAAGUGGUUCGGAGACACCAAGAAAGGUCUCAUAUUCGGCAUCUGGAACUCUCACACAUCGCUUGGGAAUAUCCUGGGCACGGUGAUGGCUGCGGAGUACGUGGAGGGUGACUGGUCGCAGUCGUUCUUCUACCCCGCGCUGGUGAUGGGAGCUGUGGGCUUCCUGGUGUUCCUGUUUCUGGCGCCCGAGCCAAGGUGCGUGGGACUGGCCAUCGACCGCGCUUCCCCGAGCAGACAGAGCCGAAGGUCGACAGAUGAGGAGGAGCCGUCACAAGUCAUCGUGGGAGAUCAGACGGCGAGCCUACGACCCAAUAGACACUCGGCCAACUCCCCGCCGUACGAGGACGAGUCGGUGUCGGAGCACACGUCGCUGCUCCCCCCCCGCGGCCCGGCCCCCGCGUCUCCCUCGCCCGUGUCGCUCGCUCGCGCCCUGCGGAUCCCGGGCGUGAUAGAGUUCUCGAUGUCUCUCUUCUUCGCGAAGCUCGUCAGCUACACCUUCCUGUACUGGCUGCCACUCUACAUCAAGUCUUCAACUUCAUUGACCCCCCGUCAAUCAGGCGAGCUGAGCACAGCGUUCGACGUCGGGGGCGUGGCGGGGGCCAUCGUCGCUGGUCUCUUGGCAGACGCCGUGGGCGUGCCCGCUAUCGUGUGUGUGGUGUUCUACGCACUUUGCGCUCCCACUCUGCUCCUGUACCAAUGGUGGGGCGCCACGUCGUAUGUACUGAACGUGACGCUCCUGGUGGCAGCUGGCGUGCUCGUCAACGGACCCUACGCGCUCAUCACGACUGCCGUCAGCGCGGAGCUGGGUACUCACUCCAGUCUCUGUGGCAACGCCCGGGCACUGGCGACGGUCACCGCAAUCAUAGAUGGCACUGGCAGUAUAGGGGCAGCUGUGGGCCCCAUGCUAGCGGGAGUUGUCUCCAGCGCGGGUGACUGGAGCCACGUGUUCUACAUGCUCAUCUCUUGUGAUGUACUGGCCCUGCUACUUCUACUUAGGAUAGCUAAGUGUGAAGUAGCCAAACUAAGGCACGACAGACGACUCGCCAACCCGAGGCUAGUUCGAAUCGAGUAGUCAAGUUGGUAACCGGGUAUAUGCGCGGUACCUCUUGUACCUGUGUAUAGUACAGUGUGUAUCGAAAGUUACCGUGUGUACAUUAUAAACAGUAUUGUAUGUAAUUUUAAUUGUUUCAUAUUGUCAAAUAGUUCAAUUCCUAUCUGAACAUUGACUUCUAUAAUAUAUAUAUGCUAGGCAGCUAUCUACAGGUAGCGCGUGAGUUGAAUGCAGUCGGGGCCUGAGAUACAGAGCGGGAGCAUGAAAUUCAAAUUUAAAUAUUUUAAUUCUAAAUAGGAUGUGACAUCACUUAUUGAAAGUCAAAAACUACCACCCAUUCCAAAAUGAACGCCUCAGUCCCGAGAAGAAUGGGCGCAACAAUCUCUACGGGCUUUUUUUUCAUCGAUAAAAUAUGUUUACAGGGUAAUAUUGUUCAAUUUAACUUAUUAUUUAAUAGCCUGAGGGCUGUCGCUCCAUUCCCAAUCUGUGGUAUCAUUAAGAAAGUAAUUUAUGUUAUAGUAACCUUUAUCACACAAACGUUUCUUAACAAUUCUUUUGAAUAACUCAAUUCUUUUGUUUUGGACAUUUUCUGGGAUCUUGUAAAAGCAUAUGCAUCGUCCCACAAAAGACUUACUAACUCGACUUAGCUGAGUAGUAGGCUUUAUAAGUUUAUGUCUGUUCCUGGUGUUAGCAUUAUGGUAUAGAAGUCAGUGCAUAAUAUAACAUGUAUAGAUGUUGUAUAAUAGUAUAUUUUAGUAUAUCUCUAUGUAGUUGAAAAUAACGGCAACCAAAUUCUGUAUUUUAUGUAAAAUAAGUCGGGUUGAACUUUGUAUAUAACUGGUUGCAUUUAUUAGUUUUAUUUCGCUCAUUUAAUUUAAUAAAAUCUGGUUAUAUUUUCAGAGCAAUAUAAUUGAAUAAAGGUAACGUUUCAAUUGCCUAGAGACACCUUACCACAUACAUAUUCAACAGUUGUUAAUUGUUAGUUUACUUUACUUGAAUUUUGAAUGUCAAAAGCGAUCGCUGGUCGAUCAAUAGUAACAGUCCUACGUUUUUGUAUCAGUGAUAUGAAAAUGAGAAGUAUUAUUUAUUAUAUUAUAAUGAACAGAAAUAACGAUACAAAGACGAAUUACCUACUUGGUUUUUUUUGUAUGAUUUAGUAAUGUAAUUCAGUAAUAUAGUUAUUCUGCACAGUUAUAAUAAGUAGGUACUCAUAAAUGAUGACAAAGAAGGAUGGCGAGAAUGCAUGUAUUUUGGGACCCACUGAAAGAAGUGGCGUACAUCAUGGAAACUUAUUAAUAAUUGUAGAACGUAAUAAAAGUAAGAAAAAAGCAAAUCGUAUGUACCUAAAUCUAAAAAAGUGGGAGAAAAAAGAUAUACUUAAAAGUAAAAUAUAACCUACUUAUUAAUCAGUAUCUAUUGUUGAAUCAAUAAUUUGUAUCUUCUGUCUAUGCCUAAUUACUGUCUGCUAAAAUAAAAUAUCUAUAAUAUAAAUAAUAAUAAUAUAUGUGGAAGGUUGGCCAGCAGCUAAUAAUUGAGGAUUUACAAUUCGUUCUUGUUUCAAGCAGGUAUCGAAUCUUAAACAUACUUACCUACUGAUUUGAGUAUCAAAAAACAUAAUAAUCUUAUUGUGAAUUAUUCUGAAUUACUGAUUUGAGUAGGUAUAGAUAGUUUGAUGGUGUCAGAACAUCCAAAAAAUGACAGUCAUGUCAAAAAAAUUCAGACGUCAAUUGCACAAAACGUUCCGUUAGUACUUAUUUUUUAAUAAAUUAUAAUAAUUUCUUUCUUUUGACUCCCAUAUCUUAGCGCCUCAAUAAUUUUUAUAUAAACAUCAUAUAAACGUAUGUUUAUAAUUAAUAUAAACUUGUACUUGUACGAUCAUUCCUAAAUUUUUAAAUUAUGUGGGUCCAUUCGCGCCAUCCUCCUUUCGUCUUUCCUUAAAUAAAAUUUACAAUUUCUAUAUAAUAUAAUUACAACUUGACUGUGUUAUUGUGGUAAGGUUUUUACCGCAAGAGCUACCAAUAACUCCGCUGUGCUGUGCAUUUAUUUGCCCAAUCUAUAUUGAUAUCUUACGAGGCUAGUAAUUAAGGAAGGAAAUUGAAUUUUUUCCAUUAAUUUAGAUAUGGGAUUCCAAGCGCACAAAAGCCACACAACAUGCAAUAUCGGUAGAUUCAUAUAACUGCAUGGAACCUAAAGUACUUACUUUUAUAUUUUAUCUAUGACUUGAUUACGAAUGUCGUCUGAAAUUUGGAAUUUUCCCUUUCCCGUUAAUAGAUACAUUUGACUGGACAAGACUUAACAAACAGUGACUAUUGUAUGUAUAUAUUGUAUAUAGUUUAUAAAUAAACAUAUAAUUAAUGUA